AUGAAUGCAGACGAGAUCACUUUCGCUAAUAACUAUUCUGAAACAAUAUUUUAGGAUAGAUAAUUAAGAUUUGCAUAUCAUUCGCCAAUAAGAUCAUAAUCUCAAUUUUGUGUUUAAAAGAGCAAAUCUCAAUAUAUACCUAAUGUAUCUAAUGUAACAAGAGUAAGAAUUAUGAGCAAACUUGAAAUGUUAGAUUCCCUAAAUAAGGUGCAAACAGCAAAAUUAUGUAAGUGA